CUUUUUCUGGCUUCUGUUUUUUUUUUUAUCAAAUAAUUUAAUACAGUCAAACACUACAGGUACAGGUAUAGUAUAGUAGAAUCAAUUACUGUAUAGAAGAAGUAGAGAGUUGGUAUGGUAUACAAUACUCCUACAUGGGUGGUGGUUGGUUGGUUUGGUCAUUGAUUAUUCUCACUUUAUCGUCAAACAUCCCAAUUUUUUGAGGGGUUUCUUUGGAGGAGUCUGAGCCUGGCGGCUCUUGCGUACUUCCCUUCCUUUUCCUUGCUUGUUUGAUUUUCAAACUUGCUUUUGUGGUAGUGGCGUUGAUUGCUUGCUACUCCAAAUCCUGCAAAUUACAUCCGGGCUUCUGUUCUGCUGCAGCGAACAAAAAAAAAAAAACCACUAUGUAUUUAUAGGCAAUAGGUAAUAUUCCCAUAUACUGCUUUACACUUACAUGUUGAUGGCGGCAGCAGGAGGUAAGGACAGUGCACGGCAACUGAGGGCGGCGGCGGAGACAGCAAUAGAGUCAAUUGGGUUGGGGUAUGAUCUGGCCGUCGAUUUGCGGCUCAAGUACUGUAAGAAGCAGCAGCAUAAUGAUCCGAGGUUGAUCACCAUCGACCAAGAUGAUAAGGUUCGUGACAUCACCAUCCCUGGUGGAAUUUUGAUCCAAAAUGUCUCCAAAUCCAUCAAGUGCGAUAAAGGUGAAAGGUUGCGAUUCAGCUCCGAUGUUCUCUCUUUCCAACAGAUGUCAGAGCAGUUUAACCAAGAACUCUCACUUUCUGGUAAAAUUCCGACGGGCCAUUUUAAUGCUGCAUUUGAAUUUAGUGGUUGUUGGCAGAAGGAUGCUGCCAACACUAAAACCCUUGCUUUUGACGGGGUCAUCAUAACACUCUACAGCAUUGUGUUAGAAAAAUCCCAAGUGGCACUGCGGGAUCAUGUUAAACGAGCUGUGCCAUCAUCAUGGGAUCCAGCUGCUUUGGCAAGGUUUAUUGAGAAGUUUGGUACCCAUGUUAUCGUUGGUGUGAAGAUGGGGGGAAAGGACGUUGUGUAUGUCAAGCAGCAACACUCAUCACCUCUUCAACCGGCUGACGUACAGAUAAGAUUAAAGGAGGUGGCUGACAAGAGGUUUAACGAUGGAACUGGACAAUACAGUAACGACCCUCGAAAGUUGUAUGAGAAAGAAAUGCUUGAGAUCAAGGACCAAGGGCUGCCCUUCAUGGACUCCAGUACAUUGAGUUCUUACUCUCCACAAGAGGAUAUUACAUUCUUCUGGAAGAGGAGAGGUGGAAACAAUCAUAAAAAUUUACCACACGACAAGUGGUGUCAGACAGUUCAACUCGAACCUGAUGUGAUCUCAAUGUCUUUCAUUCCGAUCUCGUCUCUGUUGAGCGGAAUUGAUGGAAGCGGAUUCUUGACCCAUGCCAUCAAUCUCUAUCUGCGCUAUAAACCACCAAUUGAAGAACUUCAUCAGUUUUUAGAGUUUCAACUUCCAAAGCAAUGGGCACCAGUAUUUGGUGAGCUUGCUGUUGGUCCAGAGAGGAAGCAGCAAAGUGGUGCAUCAUUACAGUUUAGCCUUAUGGGCCCCAAGCUGUAUGUCAACACUAAUUUGGUAGAUGUGGGAAAGAGGCCAGUUACUGGCCUACGACUCUAUUUGGAAGGAAAAAGAAACAACUGCUUGGCAAUUCACAUGCAGCACCUUUCCUCCAUGCCAGAAAGCUUCCAACUUCAGGAUGAACCAAAUCGGGGCGACUCCCGAAAUUCUUCUUACGAUCGCAGGUACUAUGAAAAGGUCCAGUGGAAGAGCUUCUCUCAUGUGUGCACCGCCCCUGUUGAAUCUGACGAGGAGCUCUCCAUUGUUGCUGGGGCCCAGUUCGAAGUUAGGGACUCUGGCAUGAAGAAAGUACUUUUUUUACGCCUCCAAUUUUCCAAAGUCAUGGGUGCUAUAGUGGUGAAGAAACCUGAAUGGGAUGGUUCCCCAGCCCUGGUUCAAAAAUCCGGAAUUCUCUCAACAUUGAUGAGCACUCAUUUCUCAACAGCUCAAAAACCACCCCCGCGGCCAUCUGAUAUAAACAUAAAUUCUGCGUUGUAUCCUGGUGGGCCACCUGUUCCAGCACAUGCAACAAAACUUCUGAGGUUUAUUGACACAACGGAGAUGACAAGAGGAGCACAAGACCCACCUGGGUACUGGGUCGUGUCUGGAGCAAGGCUUAUGGUCGAGAAAGGUAAGAUUUCUAUCCGCGUCAAGUAUUCUCUCUUGACUGUGAUAUUACCGGAUGAAGAGGUUCAAUUGCAGUUCUAGAGUAAGUCUAAAUCGGCGUUGUAGGGACUCUGAAAAACAAAACAAAAAAAACGUGAAGAAAUAGGGGGUUGGUAUUUGUUUCUAUGGUGCGUUGGAGAAAAUACUUUUACAAAUUCUGACUUCAAGAAAAUGUUGGAUAUGAUAUGAUUUUGUUGGGAGGUUCAUUGAAGUGUUUGUAUAGUAAUUUCUCUUGAAUGAAUUUGGUCUGCUACAUGAUUAAGAAACUAAA